CGUUGUCUUGUGUCGGGCAGAUCUGCUCUAGCAAGUGGGAGCGAAAGGUGCAGCGUAGUGUGUUUUUGUGUGUGCGUGUCGAGUCACGUUACGCAACAGUUAAAGAUGCGAUUCGGGUUAAAAGCGUAAUUUAGCAAGUGUGCAAAAACCUACUGUGACUCCUGAAUUGUUGAAGACAUUUAUAUAACAGGGAAGAGGACUGCACAAAACUGUCGAACCUCCUGGAAAAAGCGGCGGAUGAUGCAAACGCACUGUGAGAUAAAAGCGAGGCGCAGUGAAAUGAGGCGUCAAUGAGCAGAGGCAGCAGAUGACAGUGGGCUUUGUUGGGGCGCCGGAGGGACACACGCUCGCCGGCUGCCGCCGGCUCUCCAGACAUUCACGCCGCUGCUCUUCAGCUUUGCGGUUUGGGGGUCUUGUGAUCUGUUUUGUUUUGUUUGGUUUUCUUUGGCUUGGCUUUAUUCCCUCUUUUUUCAUCUCGCCACAUGAAUGCAGAAAGAGCUCUGAGGGCCUGGAAAUGAGCGAUCACAGGGCGAGGGUGCUGGCUGUCCCAACUGGAACCCCAGGGGAGUCCGCCCCUGCUCCCCUUUCCACGCCAGUUCUUCCAGCAGUUGUUACAGACACUCUUCCUGGACCCUUGCAUCCUCAGCCAGAAAGCUUUAUUUGUUUAGUUGAGAGUGGAUCCGAUCCACACUUCAGCGACAAUCGAGUUGUUGGUGAGUUAAUAAACUUAUAAAGAGAACCCCGACGCAUCGUCCGUGACUCCUGUGGUGGCAUCUUUUUAAAAAGCCCCCCCAUUCCCACCCCGCAGUACUUUCCCUUAGACCCCCUCCCUACAGAGCUUCAACUCAUCCCACGCAAUAUUCCUCAACGGUGGUGCACCAUCAACGGUUCAAUCCAGGAGCGGCUUUUCUUUCAUGUCACGCUGGGACUCGCAGUUACUGAAAUGGAAAUUCCCAACAGGAGCUGCUGCUGCGGCGCAUUGAUCCUGGCGGCGGUCCUCCUUUCACCUGUCUCCACAGUGCUCUGCAAUGACAUUUUGGGUUUGAAGCUGCCAGGUGACCCAGUGCUGACACCCAACACAGUGUGCUUGACACUGCCUGGACUCAGUAAGCGGCAAAUGAGACUUUGUGUGCGGAGCCCUGACGUGACUGCCUCUGCAAUCCAAGGCAUCCAGAUUGCAAUACAUGAGUGCCAACACCAGCUAAGAGAUCAGCGUUGGAAUUGCUCCACCCUUGAAACUGGAGGCAGGCUGCCACAUGACAGCAUUAUACUGAAAAGGGGUUUCCGGGAAAGUGCCUUCACCAUUUCACUGCUGGCAGCAGGAGUGGCUCAUUCUGUUGCAACAGCCUGUAGCCUAGGCAAGCUGCAGGGGUGUGGCUGUGAGUCCAAACGGCGUGGCGAUGAGGACAAGAUCAGGCUGAAACUUAAUCAGCUGCAGCUACAGACCCUGCAGAAGGCUAAGGACCUUUCACACCACAAUCUGCCAACACUCCUUGAGCGCCACCACGGGACACCAAGCCUGCAGGACACUUGGGAGUGGGGUGGCUGCAGUCACAAUGUCAAGUUUGGAGAGCGGUUCUCACGUGAUUGGCUGGACUCCCGGGAAACACCGCGGGAUAUUCAUGCUCGUAUGCGAAUCCACAACAACAAAGUGGGCAGACAGGCAGUCACUGAUAACAUGAAAAAGAAAUGCAAAUGUCAUGGGACAUCUGGAAGCUGCCAGUUCAAAACCUGUUGGUAUGUCACACCUGAUUUUCGACAGGUGGGCUCCAUGCUGAAGCAGAAGUUCCACACUGCGGUGUUCAUCAACUCGCAGAACAAGAACACUGGGGUUUUCAAUCCUCGUCUCGGCAAGCAGAAGGUGGCGAACCAGCUGGUGUAUUUUGAGAAGUCCCCUGAUUUCUGUGAACGGGACCUAAUGGUCGAUUCACUUGGCACAGAGGGACGCAUCUGCAACAAGACUAGCCAACGCAUGGACAAUUGUGGAAGUCUCUGUUGUGGCCGAGGCCAUAAUAUCCUCCGUCAGACGCGCAGUGAGAGAUGCAACUGCCACUUCCACUGGUGCUGUUAUGUACUGUGUGAAGAGUGCCGUGUGACAGAGUGGGUAAAUGUCUGUAAGUGAGGUAUUUACUGCUGCAAGCUCUCUGAUUAUCCCACUUAAGCUGAAGGGACUGCUAAAAAGAAUACAGUUCCCAACUCUCAUUGGAGAACAGCACAACAAGUUUUAGACUGCAGUCUCACGUUACCAACUCAUAGCGCUAUUCUCCUUUAUAGAAUGACUGACUGUCCAGAGCUGCCUGCCCUCGACCUAUUCUCUGUGUACUUAAAAAACCUAAGGAGCAGCAAGAGUAGUGCAAGUCAGGGAAAAGGGCAAGAGUUCCUUUGUGUUCAUUUUUGUGGAUUUUACAGACUUUAUCUCCACCAAAAGAAAAGUGUGAUGUCAUCUGACACAGGCUCAUCUGAACUUCCUUCUCUGUUUAAAUAGCUCUAACAAAAUUAAGCCAGCUGGAUGAUUUUAAUUCCACUCCAGUUUCUUUUGUUGUUUUGUUUUGAGAUGAGCGAUGACUUAAAACAGCAUUGAGAGAAGAGAGCCAAAGGCAAACUAAACAUAUCUGUCUGUGUCUUUCAUUGCUCCAGUAAUCCUCAGAUGCUGGUUUGGACUGUUUAAGUCUGUCAGUCAUCUUUCUUUGUGUUGCAUCUUUCAUAACUGACAUCACUUCAAGUGGUCAUAGAAGUGCUAAAAAUAAAGAUAUUGUUACAUUUAGAGCACAGACAGAAGAAGACACUGGUUUAGGGUUAUACAGUGUUGGGAUGUGAAUCUGAAACCUAAUGGUUUUCAGAGUUAAGUCCUUAGCUUAUAUAUGAUUCUGCUUCUAAAAUAGAUCUAAGCUGUAUAUCCUAUACUAUGAACGUCAAACACUGCAUAUAAAUAUUUAUUGUGACAACUAGGGAGUGCACAAACAAGCAAGGUUACUGACUACUUCUCAUUUCAUGUUGGUUUUUUUUACAUUUGCCUGGUUUCUUUAUUUAUUCUAUGUGUAUUAUGUACAUGACCCUUAAGUCUGUUAUAAGGUUUCUUGCCCACCCCGGUUCUAUUCCCAAACUGAUUUUCAUUCAUGUGAACAGUUCAUCCUGUUUACUGGGACCACAAAUUCAUCCAUGGUUCAUUUUCAGUGUCAGAUCCAGGUAUCUGAAUAAACCUUCCUGGGUGGUUUCUAAAAUCUACAGAGUAGACGUUGACUGUAUGUAGGAGGAAGAUAAAAAGGAGCCCCAAAAGUAGGGGUUUGUAUGCUGGUAUGAAUGUGAAUGUGAGUCUGACCUUAGCUAGCAUUCACAGGCUUAAGAACUAUCAUCUGGGUGGCAUCUUUACUCAGUUCAGUGGACAUAACUAAAAUUGACCUUUUAUCAGGAUGUCUAAAGGUUUCAUGGUGAGAUCCUCCUUCGAGAUAUGGUAGAAAAAUGGGCAUUGCUUUAUCAUAACGAUAAAAGACUUCUAGCUUAAAUCAGCUGUUUUUUCAUUCAACAUGCUACAAACCCUUUAUAUGUAAUGCUGAUUUUAUUAAGACAGCACCCAGUCUUUGCUGAAAUUAAAAUGAAUCAUGAAUACCAUUGUCUACCUAAGUGGCAUAGUCACACAGUGAAACGAACCUGAAGUCCUAAAUGUCACCUCCUAAAGCCGGCAAUUCACAUAUGGCAGCCCAUUUCUUUUAACCUCAACCACUGCUGAUAUUGCACCCACACAGGUCUCACAGCAGACAUGAUCCCAAACCAAUGAUCUAACUCAAGCAAACACAGGGGUAUGGGGCAAGAGCCUUCAGAGUUUCAUAAUUAACAAUGAAUCAAUAAAUAACAGUAAAAGGUAAAUGAAGCACUAAGCUUAGGCCGCAAACAGUGAAAUGUUGGGUGUUUGUAGGAUGAAACUACAUAUAUAGAGAUUUGUAAAAAAAAAAAAUUAAAAAGAGUAGUGGUGUUUAUAUCAUUCUGAAAUGAAAAUGUACAUCUUAACAUGCUGGACAGUAAGCCAUUUCGUGUUUUCUAAGAUGUAAUUUCAGAAUGCCGUUGGCCUCUCGACUGAGGCCCUUUGUACACUGGUGGUUCUAAGCAUUCAAAUAUGGCAAUUAUUGCUUUUUGAGAUUAAAAUCUUUAUAUACUGCA